AUGCCGUUUGGGGGGAAAACAGUUGUUCUUGGUGGAGAUUUCAGGCAAAUCCUACCAGUUAUUCCAAAGGGCACAAGACAAGAUAUAGUUGGGGCAACAAUCAACUCUUCGUAUUUAUGGAGGUACUGUAAAGUUUUGAGGCUGACAAAAAAUCUACGUCUAACAGCAAUUCAAGCACCUGAAGAACGACAACAAACUGACCAAUUUGCAAAGUGGAUUGCUGAUAUCGGUGACGGAGUAAGUUCGGAAUGCACUGAUGAAGAAGAUGAUCUGAUUAUUCCUAACCACAUAUUGUUGCAGUAUGUAGAUAAUCCUAUUGCUGCAAUUGUUGAAAGCACAUUUCCUAAUUAUGAAAUUGCAUGCACUGACUCUCAAUUCCUACUUAGCCGUGCAAUUUUGGCUCCAACCUUGGAUGUGGUAGAUAGCAUCAACGAUUAUAUGAAUGAAAUGAACAAGGGAGAUUCCAAAACAUAUCUCAGUUGUGAUACGGUCUGUAAAGCAGACAAUUCAGGAGAUACGCUAGGAGAUUUGCAUACACCGGAGUUCCUCAAUGGCUUACGGUGUUCUGGAAUACCAAACCAUUCUUCGACUAUUAAAGUUGGAUCACCUGUUAUGCUUUUGAGGAAUAUUGAUCACUCAUUAGGACUCUGUAACGGUACUAGGUUAAUUGUUACAAGGUUGGCUAAUCACGUUUUGGAGGCGAAAAUCAUGUCUGGAACACAUAAAGGAACAAAAGUUCUUAUUCCUAGGAUGUUGUUAACACCUUCUAACACCAGAUUGCCAUUCAAGUUCCAAAGAAAACAGUUUCCAUUGAUGCUAUCAUAG